AUGCUCACCGGCGACUACCAGUCCGAUGUCCACAGGAUUAUCAAAAUCUUUCAAGUCACUGGUCUGAAUGCCGAAGGCAAGUACUCCAUGGAACCUAGCCCAGCCAAGAAGACAGACUAUCUCAAAUUUUGCACCUGGCAAGAUAUCCUGAUGGCACUAUCUGCAUGUCCUGGCGGCGAUCUGAGCGCAUGGGGCUUGUGCGAAGGUGGUGCCGGUGAGGAUGGCGAGAAGAGUGUGUUUUUCUGGCAAGAGGGCAGAUGUCCUAACGGGUAG